AUGCCCCUCCCCUGGACAAGACUCAUCCGGUUCAUCGCGACAGACGGCCGCACCCUCCGCGGGGAACCAAUUCUCGAAACCCCCAAAAAAGACCUAGGAUUCAUUACCGAAGCCGAUAGGCUUCAGGCACGCAUCAUUGAGGGAGAUGAUAUCUACGACACGACGGGAAAUACGCGCGUCACGGAUGAAAUCGUUACCGUGAAGACUAUCCUAGGACCGCUGGCACAGGAAGAUGUUCCCAUUUUGCGUUGCGUGGGGUUGAAUUAUGCGAAGCAUAUUAAAGAAGCAGGCCGUACUCCACCACCAUUCCCAUUCAUAUUCUUCAAACCAAACACAACAAUUCAUGACCACGGCAAGCCCGUCGAAAUCCCGCAAAUCGCUCAAGAUGAGCAAGCAGAUUACGAGGGCGAACUUUGUCUCGUAAUAGGUCGCGACGCCAAAAAUGUUUCUCCAGACGAGGCACUCUCAUAUAUUGGCGCCUACACGGUCGGAAACGACAUCUCCUCGCGCAAACUGCAGCGCGAUGCCGCUCUCGCGGGACGGGUACCGCAAUGGGGGUUCUCGAAGGGCUUUGAUACAUAUGCGCCUCUGGGUCCGUGUCUUGUUGCUGGGAGCCAGAUUGCGGAUCCUAGUCAAUUGCUACUGAAGACUGUCGUGGAUGGGGAAAUCAGGCAGGACGAGAGCGUUUCUGAUUUAUUGUUUGAUUGUACGUACUUGGUUAGUUAUUUGUCGUCUGGGACGACAUUGCAGAAGGGGAGUGUUAUUAUGACGGGAACGCCUGGUGGUGUUGGGGCUGGGUUGAGCCCGCCGCGAUAUCUUGUUCCUGGGACGCAGAUGGAUGUGUCGAUUUCGGGAAUUGGAACGUUGAGAAAUAAUGUCGUCUUUGCGUGA